AUGGACCUUCUUCGUCUCGGGACCGUCGUCAUCACUGGCGCGGCAGCAGGUACGUCUCACAUCUACUCUAGUGAACAUUGUGAUCAAGGGGAUGAUCAACUCACGGAUAGCAUGUUCUCAGACGCGGAGUCCGUCAUUGCCUGCUUGUUUGCCCAGUACGGCUGCAAACAAAUAUACCUUGGGGGUUCUCGGACUGCAACCCUCGACGAGUGCCGGCGCAAGAUCCUGGCUGUCCACCCUUCAGUCCAGGUAUUUGUGAGGAAGCUUGACCAGUCGGAUGAAGGAGACGUCGACACUUUCUUCGCGUCGGUCGUGCAGUCCUUCACCCGGAUCGACUUCGCCGUCAAUCUGGUCUGCCAGGAUCGAGAGCCUCAAGCAACCGUCGACAUCUCGGCGGAGGACUACGCCCGGAGCUAUACGGUCUAUCAGAGAGGGGCUUUUCUGAUCCAGCGGGCCCUUCUCCGGCAGCUUCUCAAGCAAGAAAUGUUGCCCGGCUUCGGCAGUCGAGGCAGCAUCGUCAAUGUCGUUGAACUCGGUGCUACGGCGUCCUUGGCUGACCGCCCGCUCGCGGCUGCCGUAGCCAACGCGAUAGUCGGCCUAAGCAAGACCGAUGCCUUUGACUACGCAACGGACGCGAUCCGGAUCAAUUGCAUUGCGGCAGACGAGGCAUUGAAGCUGCAGAAGGGGAUUGGAGUGGGCGAGAAAGCGCUGUUGCGCAGCAUGGAAGGCAUGAGGAGCGUUGCCAAUGCCACGGCGUGGCUCUCGUCGCCGGGCUCGGGAUGGCUGACCGGCUUGGUCGUCCCUGUGGACAAAGGUCGCAAUCUUAACUGUGUUUGGUAA